AUGUUAUCUACUCUCGUUUCUCGUGCUGCGACAGCGCUUGUCCUUGGGAGUGCAGCCGUAAAUGCUUUAACGGUUGAUAUCACAUCUGCCUCAUCUAUCAAAGACACUGCUGCAACGAUAGCCUACGACAUGAUGACAUUCUAUAAGGGAAACCAAAGCGGUGGAAUAAUCGGCGUUCUCCCAGGCCCUCCUCCAAACCCUCCAAACGGCUACUACUGGUGGGAAUCAGGAGCUAUGUGGGGGACUCUGAUCGAUUACUGGCACUACACAGGCGAUUCCUCAUACAAUGAUGUAACUGCAAAGGGUAUCCAGGCGCAGGUGGGCGAAGACCUUGAUAUGAUGCCGCGGAAUUGGUCGCAGAGUAUGGGGAAUGACGAUCAGGGUUUUUGGGGAAUGACAGCUAUGAGUGCUGCGGAGACGAAUUUCCAGAAUCCUCCUGCGGGGUCGCCAGGUUGGUUGGCUCUGGCGCAGGCGGUUUUUAACACGCAGGCUAGGAGGCCGGAUAAUCUUUGUGGUGGAGGGUUGAGGUGGCAGGUUUACCCAUAUCUCACUGGGUAUGAUUACAAGAACUCGAUUGCAAACGGCUGCUUCUUCAACAUCGCUUCCAGACUUGCUCGGUACACGAACAAUAACACUUACUACGAACAUGCUGAGACGACCUGGGAUUGGAUCAAGAGUGUGGGGUACAUGGAUAAGAAUUAUAAUGUUUAUGAUGGCGGGCAUAUUCAGCAUAAUUGCACGGAUAUCAAUAAGGUGCAAUUCUCGUACAAUGUUGCGGUUUGGUUGCUUGGGGCUGCGAAUAUGUACAACUACACCAACGGCAGCGCCAUCUGGGAAGAACGAGUCAACCUCCUCCUCAACUCUACCUUCAACACCUUCUUCCCCAACGACAUCGCCUACGAAGUAGCCUGCGAGCCAAAACUAACCUGCACCACGGAUAUGUACUCCUUCAAAGCCUACGUCACCCGCUGGCUUGCGGCCACCUCCCUUAUAGCCCCCUUUACACGCGACCGUAUCCUCCCUAAACUGAAAACCUCCGCCGUCGCAGCUGCAAAGCAAUGCUCCGGCGGCGACAAUGGCCGUAUGUGCGGUCUCAGCUGGAGUAAAGGCGAAGCCUGGGACGGCACCCAGGGCGUGGGACAACAGAUGGCGGCGAUGUCAGCGCUGUUUGUUAAUUUGCUUCCGUUGGAGACGAUUGCGCCGCCGUUGACGAACGCGACGGGUGGGACGAGCGAGGGGAACCCGGAUGCUGGGAGUCAUAGUGUGGUUAACCCCGAGGCGUUGAAGCCUGCUACUGGGGGGGAUAAGGCCGGUGCGGGUAUUGUGACGACGUUAGUAUUGGUUGGUGCUACGGCUAUGUUCGGGUGGAUGAGUAUUGGAGAUUGA